GAAAUUUGGCUCCAAUCAAAUCCAUACACCCCCAAAAAUCCUAUCUUCAUCUCCCUCUCCUUCAAAACCCCAUUAAAAAGUUUCAAUCUUUCUCCUCAAUAACAACCCACAAUGCAUUCUUCAUCAUCACAAGAUUCAUGUAAUGAUAACCAAGUGUCCAACAACGCAACAAAUUCUACAAAAAAUUUAGCAAUAAUUGGGCUACCUCUUUCAACUCUUCACACCUCAUCUAUCCUGUUCUUAAAAUCUUCAUCACACACAACCACUAAUCAUUUCCAAAAAAUUGUUAAUGAAUCAACCAACAAUUUGAUUCAGAACAUCCAUAAGUCUAUUGAUAAUUGUAUCAAUUUUGUGCAUUUGUUUGUUUCUCAAAACCCCCUUUUCACUAAAUUGCAUUCUAUAUCCUCUGAAUACAAUAAAUUUUGUCAGAUUAACUGUAGAAACCAAAGGAAUUUGAAAUCUCUGUCAAAUCAUGAUUUUGCUGCCAUCAUCCCGGGAGAUUCAGUGGCAGGGCUUGUGGUAUCUAAUGGUGUUCUAAACUUCUUGAACAUCUACAACACCUUGUUGGUUGUAAGGCUAGUUCUAACAUGGUUUCCCAAUUCUCCUCCGGCAAUUACGAGUCCCCUCAGCACUUUAUGUGAUCCAUACUUAAACAUCUUUCGUGGAGUUAUCCCUCCACUAGGUGGGACUUUGGAUCUUUCUCCUAUAUUGGCAUUCCUUGUGCUAAAUGCCUUAACAAGCACUGCUUCUGCACUUCCUGCUGAGCUUCCAUCCACAGAAGCAUCUCAGAAAGACUCGUCAUCUCACGCUGGCUCAUCGUUUCAUACAGCAAUAUCUCAGUUUACCUCAUCCCAGAAGAAAUGGAUAAAAAGAUUCGAAACAAAACGGUCAAAGGGAUCAAGCAUUGAUGACUGAACCAUGAGAUAAACUAUACAACACCUCGGAUGCAUGCGAGAACCAUAUCGUGUAGUAGCUUUAAAAUUUCUAUUACUAAUGUCAUGAUAGCCUUUUUGGUAUACAAUGUUUUGUAAUUUGUAAAGUUGGAAGUCAUAUAUGCAACGUGGUACUAUUUUUUA